AUGGGUGCAGCAUCAAUUUUACAUAGCAAACUUCCAUCUUCAUGGCCAAGACUGGAACUUGAUAUUCAGACACAGAUAAGCACAUCGGCAGAUAAGUUUUAUGGUUUCUUUAAAGGUAAUAUGACUUCUCUGGUUCAGAUCUUCCCUCAACACUUCAAGAGCUUCCAAAUACUGGGGGGAGGUGAGAUUAGAGAUGCGUGUGAGAUUUACUGGGAACAUGACCUUGGGAGUGGCCUAGUGAGAACAAAGCUUAAAGUCCAAGAAAUUGAUGAUGAAAACAGGUCAAUCUCCUUUAAUUUCAUGGAAGGAGAUAUCUUCAAGGUGUAUAAGAGUUUCAAGUCAAAAGUUCAAGCCAUUAGCGCAGGAAAUGGUGGCUGCAUAGUCAUGUGGACGUUGUUUUUUGAGAAGACAAAUGAAAAUGCACCAGACCCAAUAGGAUAUGUAGAACUUGGCGAUAAAGUUUCCAGAGGCCUUGAAGCUUACCUUGCUGGGACUUGACUAGGUUCAAGAUGUAUGUAAUUUUCUUUAAAAUGUUGUGGGAAAAAAAAUCUUUACGAACUUGCUUUGAUACUUUUGGAAUGUUGUGC